AUGAAAUUCUUGAUCUCCCUUAUGGUGCUAUGGACCUUGUUGAUGUGGAAAACUGCUCAUGCGUGUUGCAACUGCAACCAAAAAAUAGUAAGUAUCGUAUGCCACAUAAACCAAUAAUAACGCCAUAACACACCAUAAUCGGCAUAAAAAUAAGUUUUUCGUUAUUUCUCUAUUUACUCAUAAAUAGAAAAGAUGAAAAUAUGCAACCUUUUCCCGGCUCCUACUCUGCGAACUAAGUUUUGUUCCUUUGUUUAACGAGCGGAACUCUGAAUCCUGCGGUGAUGUCCUCCCCUGAAGCGAUUUUUGAUGUGGGAAAACACAUAUCUGCCUGUUUGAAGUCCUUGGAAAAUCUUUUUAUUUAAUCAAAGAUGAGAUGAAUCAUACCAGUUCAAGAGCUAUACUUAAAAUAGUAAUUAUACCAUCAUGAACCGAAAUUAUAUUUUCAGUUUCCCAGGAGCUGCAACAGUCUAUUGCCUAAGACACCAAGCGGUGUUUACAAAAUCCAGCCCCUGCCUAAACAAGACCCCAUUCUAGUGUACUGCGAGAUGUCAACUGGAGUUAUUGGCGAACACAAUCGCCACUUCAACUUUCUUCCUCGCAGUAUCACUCGUCGACCUGAUGCCCAGCAAAUCAUCAACGCCCUCUUUACCGACAAGAAGAAUGUCCUGAUCAAGUUGCAGAAAAAGGUCGAUCGCAGCGAAGCCUACACUUUGAUCGAGCCUCAUCCAGAUUUUGCCCACGUUCAAUUCCGAUUAUUGGUCAACAGUCACUCUGGUUUCACGAGUCCACAGAAUUCUUUCAUGAGAGACUAUCUCUUCUUCGGAGUUCUCCCAGCAUCGAUUGCUCGACAGAGAAACCUCCAAGGCUUCAAAUCCAACGGGCACCGCGUCCAGUUUAGAAACUGCGACGCAAAUCCAAACAGCUUGUUCGCUUUCAUGCCAAACCAUGAUCUGCAGACACCAAGUAGCUACCAUCCAAAUCUGGUUUACGAAAGGACAGGCGUUGCUGUGGACUGGCGUAAAACCGCUAAGGAGAUCACGAGUCCUGAUCGCAUGAUGCCAAAUAAUUACUUCUUCUUGACGGAGUUGCACUUUGGGGGCUGCGGCUGUUACACAUCCAGUGACCGCUGGAGUAAAUUUGGCUUUCAUGCGUCUGCGAUUGGAAUUCGCUAAAACUGUUUCAUUCAUCACAGUUUCAGCUGCAGGAAUAAUCUCGGUCCUACUUUUCGUUAUUUCGCUAUUUUGCUACUUAGUGUAUGUUAACCGUAGCUAUACCACUUUGUAACUGUUUCAUUACAGCAAUCUUGCGCGAAUAAAAGUUUUUGCUCGUUAUAUCUC